AUGCAACAUGUUAAAAAAUCUCCUUCCAAUAUAAACUACAUAUUCGAUAUUUCAGUUUGUAAUUGCGGGGAUUUAAAAUAUGCAAUUAUUUUCCAAAUUAAUUUUGGUGAUAUCCGUUUUUCGAAUAGCAACAUUACAAACAACAAAUGCAGUUUAUUGUCAUCAUACUAUAGUAUCCUUGAAGGUAAAUCAGGAACAUGUAAUUUCUCAACAUUCAUAGAAAACAGCCAAACCGGAAGUGAAUCACUAUGUUUUGAUAGUUAUUCUGAUUCAUUAGCUCAAACAGUUUCUUAUUGCAAUGUUAUUGGAAAUAAAUGCGAAACAGACAAUAACCAAGUUCUAUUUAGUUGUGGAUACGCAACUAAUGUCGAUCACUGCAUAUUUUUAAAUAACACCGCUAAGUACAUGUUUUAUAUCAGUUCAGGUUAUACUUUGACUAUUUCUUGUUCAAAUGUAGAAUCCAAAUCAACAACAGGAGGAACUGUUACAUUUUUCCAUUUAAAUACCGAAAAUUGUCCCACAGGUAUCAAAGACAUUUCAAAUAAAUUAUCAUAUCUUUCUAAAAUUGCAAAAACUUCUGCCGCAGAAUUGAUUUCAUAA